AUGUCUGAAGAAGCAGUUAAGUAUGUGAAUGAUCAGAUAAUCAAAACAGAACCACCAGAAGACGUUGAACUCGAAGUUGAGGAAAAAUUAGUUGUCCUCGACAAUGAGAUUAUUAAAUAUGAAUCAUGUUCUAAUAUUGAAGGUGAUGGAAUACGUUUAGAAAGAUUCAUAAAGUCUGAAGUGAUCAAUGAAGAAGAAGUGAAACAAGAGCUAAUCAAUUAUGACAUUUCUAAUGGAUCAUUCCCAAAAUCGUUUGGUCUAAAAGAAUGUUUAGUUGUGGUCGAACGUCUGCCAAGUCCUAACAAAGAAAGUCCUAUCACAUGCAAAAUCUGUCACAAGACGUGCAAACAAUCAAAUGGUUUGACCAGACACAUGAAAGCAAUGCAUUCUGGAGAACGUCGUGAAUUUAAAUGCAAUAUAUGCAAAAAAACAUUCACAUAUUUAUGUCAUUUUAACUCUCACAUGAUGAUUCACAGUGGAGUACGACCCCAUGAAUGCACAAUAUGCGACAAGACAUUCACAACACUAAGUAAUCUAAACAGUCAUUUGCUUAUUCACAAUAAAGUACGUCCCCACAAAUGCACAAUAUGCAAUAAGGCAUUCAACUAUUUAAAUUCCCUAAAGAGACAUUUGCCCGUUCACAGUAGAGAGUCCCAUGAAUGCACAAUAUGCAAUAAGAUCUUCUUUCGACUAACUAAUCUGAAAAAACAUUUGCUGAUUCACUCUGAUGAGCGCCCCCACAAAUGCAGCAUAUGCGGAAUGGCUUUUAGACAUAGGUGUGUUUUGAAAAGACACUUGCUGGUACACAGUAAUAAGUACCCUUAUGAAUGCGAUAUAUGCAAUAAGAAAUUUAAGCAAUCGCACCAUUUGAAGAGGCACAAUUGCAAGUGA